GCUGUUGCCAGGACGGCCCGCUGCCGUGCGUCACGUGCAAGUGGGAAGUCGCGCCCACACCGAGCUGAGCCACGGCGGGGCGAGCGCUCUCAGUGCGAGCUGAGCGUGGAGCCCGAGGCCGUCGGCGACUGCUCUCGCGGCUCCAGUCUGCCGGCCGCCCGGCCCCGCGGAGAAGGAAGCAUGCUGGCCGUCGGCUUCACGCUGCUGGUCGCCCUGCUGGCCGCGCCCGCGGUCGCGCUGGUCCUCGGGAGCUGCCGCGCGCUGGAGGUGGCAAAUGGUACGGUGACGAGUCUGCCAGGGGCCACUGUUACCCUGAUCUGCCCAGGGAAGGAAGCAGCAGGCAACGUUACCAUUCACUGGGUGUACUCUGGCUCACAGAACAGAAAAUGGACUACCACGGGAAACACACUGGUUCUGAGGGCCGUGCAGCCCAGUGACACUGGGGACUAUUUGUGCUCCCUGGGUGACUACCUGGUUGGGACUGUGCCCUUGCUGGUGGAUGUUCCCCCAGAGGAGCCCAAGCUCUCCUGCUUCCGGAAGAACCCCCUCGUCAAUGCCAUUUGUGAGUGGCAUCCAAGCAGUACCCCCUCUCCAACCACUAAGGCUGUGCUGUUUGCAAAGAAAGUCAACACCACCAAUGGGAAGAGUAACUUCCAGGUGCCCUGCCAGUAUUCUCAGCAGCUGAAAAGCUUCUCCUGCCAGGUGGAGAUCCAAGAGAGUGAGAAAGUGUACCACAUAGUGUCACUGUGCGUUGCAAACAGUAUGGGAAGCAAGUCCAGCCCCAACGUAGCGUUUCAGAGCUUAAAAAUGGUGCAGCCGGAUCCACCUGCCAACCUCGUGGUAUCAGCCAUACCUGGAAGGCCUCGCUGGCUCAAAGUCAGUUGGCAAGACCCUGAGUCCUGGGACCCAAGUUACUACUUCCUGCAGUUUGAGCUUCGAUACAAACCUGUAUGGUCAAAGACGUUCACGGUGUGGCUGCUCCCAGUGGCCCAGUACCAAUGCGUCAUUCCAGAUGCCUUGCGAGGAGUGAAACACGUGGUACAGAUCCGUGGGAAGGAGGAGUUUGACCUUGGCCAGUGGAGCGAAUGGUCCCCGGAGGUCACCGGCACUCCUUGGAUAGCAGAGCUCAGGACCACUCCAGCAGGGAUCCUCUGGAACCCCACACAGGACGCGCUUGAAGACUAUGACAACCACGGGGAUCAGUACAGAGGUUCUACAGAAGUAACGCGUGUCGUCGCCCCAGUGCCAGAAUCCCCGUCCGUGUCCCUGCCCACGUUCCUGGUAGCUGGAGGAAGCCUGACGUUUGGGUUGCUCCUCUGUGUCUUCAUCAUCCUGAGACUCAAGCAGAAAUGGAAGUUACAGGCUGGGAAGGAAAGCAAGAUGACCUCUCCUCCACCCCCACCGUAUUCCUUGAGACCGCUGAAGCCGACCUUCUUUCUGGUUCCUCUCCUCACCCCAUCAGGGUCUCAUAACAGCUCUGGGUCUGACAACACCGUAAGCCACAGCUGCCUGGGUGUCAGGGACGCACUGAACCCUUAUGACAACAGCAACAGAGACUACUUAUCCCCCAGAUAAUUGUGUGGAUGGCACCUGGCAGCUGGCCUGGCACCACGAGAUCAGCAUACCAGUUUCUCACUGCCCGUCCCGUCUACCUGGGUUUGGGGGGAGUGGAGGGGGCGAGUGGGCCGGGCUGCAGCUUCACUAUCCCACAGAGCUUCUUCGCAAAGGUUCUGGGUGGGUGAAGACUAGUAUGCUGCACAGGCUCUGAAGGAAGGGCCUGUGAGGAACACAGGCCAUCAUGAAGAGAGCCUUCGAUGAUUGAAUAGAGACACCCUACACACCUGAGAGCGGCUCACAAGCUGCGCCCUCGGGAAGCCUCAGGAAGGGGUGCCAAAGGCUGCCCCAGUUGCCUCGCUCUGGCUCACUGCCCCCAAGCACUUUGCCGUUCUCUUUCGGAGGCCGCUGAGGUCCGGAGGAAGCUUCAUUCUACUUUCCUUCUCAACACCUGGAAAGCAGCUGGGCCCAGUGGCGGUGACUAAUAUCUCAGGGCCCAAUGGUUUACAUGAGUGACAAUUUCUCAUAAGCAGUGUUUAAAUGUGAAUGAUAAUCCUAGGCACUGCUGGCUGUGGAGGUGUUCUUCUUCGAUCUCAGGACUUCAGGAGAGAAGCAGAGCGGAAGUAGAGAGUAGAUGGAUGUCCACUGUCCGCGGGGUACUUGAGGGGGAUACAGCCUGGGAAACAAGUUUCCUGUCCCCUCUACUCUCCCAGAAGAGGGAUGAUGGUAGGGGCUGGAUGCCUCUUCCAUGGCAGAAAGUGAAGAUCGGUGGUGGUGGUGGGGAACAAAAACAAAAAGACAACCAGUUUCUUAUAACAGAAAAGCCUUUGGUUUCGUUUUGUAUUUUGAUUUUUUUUUUUUUUUGUCUUAAAAAGUGUAAAAAUAGUCUGUCCGUACUCUGCUUCAGGGAAUGAGCCUGUGACUACCCCCAGGCGUAGGCAGGAAGGGUGUCUGCUUCCUGCUACACCUCGCUGCCACCUUGGCCUUCCUUGCUUUACUUUUGACUUGAGUCGCCUCAGCUGCUUCCCCCUGGGGCUUUGAGGAAUCCAGUGAUGUUAGUGGUCACCGAGGGGACCACAGAGCUACAAGAGCGGUGCUUAGAUUAAAGUGAAUUAUGUAACCACAGCACCCACACCUGCCAUCUUACAGAAAUAUGCCAGGACCUUGCCUUUUCAGAAAAUACCACCACCACAAGACGGGGCAGAGCUGGGAAGACGUCACCUGUGCCAUCUGCUUGCCAGCUCCAAGGGGCCACUCACCUAAGCAGUUGGUUAUUAUUAUUAUUAUUAUUUUUUGGUGGGCUUUGUACAGUUCAGGGCCUGUUGCCGUCUUGGAAAAAGCUCUGUAGGUUGACAAAAAAAAAAAAAGAGGCAGGUAUUUAUGUGGUUUUUUUUCCUUCUUUCCUUCUUUUCUUACUUUUUGGGACUCAAGGGUAGCAAAACUGUUAUGAAAGGGAAAUAUUAAAGCCGGGCCGGUGGUGGUGCAUGCCUUUAAUCCUAGCACUUGGGAGGCAGAGGCAGGCGGAUUUCUGAGUUCGAGGCCAGCCUAGUCUACAGAGUGAGUUCCAGGACAGCCAGAGCUAUACAGAGAAACCCUGUCUCAAAAAAACCAAAAGAAAAAGAAAAAGAAAUAUUAGAAAUCAUGAUCUUCAGGGGCAUAGGCGACUAUGCCCACACACAGUUCCUCAGCCCCUCACAGGGCUCUCUCUGCCCGCACACUGUUACCCAAGCCAGGCAGAGCAGGCAGGCAGAAGAUUGAAAUCCAGAUAGCUCAUUAUCUCUGAAAGCUAAAUAGUUUUGAUCUCCAAGUUGUUGUUGCUUUCACUAUUGUUGUAGCAGGAUUGCUUCCCCCCACCCCAUAUCAAAAGGACGCUUUUCCCUUUUGACUUUUUAUAAGCUAAGUCCACAAAGUCCAGCUUCUUUCAGUUCACACAGGAGUGUGCCCUCAGCUGCUUCUGGCCUCAAAUCUGUGCUGGCUGAAUGGCUGUCCCAUCCUCGGGUCAUUCUUACUGGAGUUUCUGCUGUGCACAGAAGGCAGUGUGCCUUGUUGACAGUACCACUUAACACCAGCAUUCAGCGACCAGGCAUCCAAAUGCAGAAGGUUUAGAUAGAGGUGGUUUAAACACGACCUUUGCUGCAUGGUAGAUAGUGGGGGACACAUACAGGUUCUAGUUCUAAAACAAUCUUUGGUUCUUCUGGCAUUAAUGAAAUAGCUUUAAGCUAUUUGAAGGGAGAAGCCUUGGCCACACCCACAACAUUUGAUGACAGUCCUUUCUCUCCAUGAGCCUUGCCUUCUCACCUGGCUGAAAGCUCACACUGAAUCUUGUCUAUGUCCCUGGUGUCUUGGGAGAAAGGAAACUGGUGUGUGCUUUACUGCUGGAAUUGAGUUGGAGCCAGUGUGGAGUGAGCCCAGCAGGGUGGGCCAGGGUUAGUUUAUGGUGUGCCGGUUUAAGGAAUGCCUGGUUUGCCUGGUUGCUUGGGCUCUGAGCUGCAGAGUUUCCUAGCAGUUCUUUAUGGCUGACCUAGUUGGGGAAGAUUCCCACACUCAACUGCAGGUGGAGGUGGUGAGAAACCUGUUUUCCUUAGGAGAGGCAGGAUCUUCCCAAGAGCCUUUUCGGUGGUCCAGCCUACUGUGAGGUGUGGUAGGAGGGGGCAGGCCAGCUGGCUCAGGUCCUGGGGCUGGCACCUCGGAGGGUCUGCCUAAGGUCUCUCCAGCCUCUAGUGCCAGUGUAGUUGGGUGCCAGUGCCAGGAAGUUUCUAUGGCAACCUUAAUGCUUAUUAAGGAACACUGUCAGUUUUGUGAACAUAUGCUCGGAUGGAGAUCUUGUUUUCAGAGAAAGGACUGGUACAGCGUGUAGCAAGCUGGAACGGACAGAGAGACUUUUUGGCAAGAGAUCACAUCCGUUAAACAGUAUACCUCAAUGCUACAUGUUUCUGUCUUUGAGACAAUAUUUUUAAGGUUUUUACGCUCUGUUACCUGUAAGCUGAUACCUAGAACUUUCUGCAAAGUCAGUGUUUUUCAAUGCCUUUUUUUUCCUGUCAUUGUUUGCUUUAAAGUGAAAUUUGUAACUGUUUGAAAUAAAUGAUUUCUAAAACUGCA